AUCCAACAGGUCUCCCGAGCCCUAUAGGCGACCAAAGUCCUGGUAAAUGCACUUAUUUAGGACGAGAAAUCAUACUUUUGAACAAGAUUUCUUCGGAGAAUUCUGUAGUAGUAGAGUAUUCUGAUAAUGUUUACAGCAACCUAGCAAAUGACUGCGGGAAUGACUUAAUCCCUAAGUUCGAUCCAAUUAAUUGUACCGAAAACUCCAAAGAUCAUUUUAAUGGGGUAGAGAGUUCUGAUUUCGUUGAAGGCACAAAUAAUCCUGUGGACCUUUGUAAUAAAAUUCCCAAUUUUUAUCGUCUGCUUGAUUUUUGUGCAGAUACGGCGUCGACUGAAUAUGAUGUUAAAAAGAUUGUUAUUUCGCAAGAAUUCUUGAAGAAACUUUGUAAUGAUAUAGUUCCGGGUAGUUAUGAAUCAAUCUCCAAGGUUGAUUACGCUUCUUUGAACACAAAAUCACUUGGGUUUAUAGGAAUUUAUGGAAGAUACGAAGUUAUUGCAAGAUAUUUAUUCCAAAAGAAUGUAAUAAAUGAAGAAAUUUAUAAUCUUCUCGUAAAACCUCAAACAAGUGACAACAAUACAGAGAUAAUCGAAACUCACCUUAAACCUGGAAUUUAUCUUCUGAUUAAAAAAGAACACGGUUUUAUUAUCCAUUGGCCCAAAAAGGAUUGCUAUGAUAAUAAUAUCUCAUCUGAAGAAAAGAGUAAUCUUGUGACUCUUCACCGAUACCUCACAAAACUAUCAGACGCUACAUUUUGCUUAAUGGAUGCACAAGAUCUGAUGAAUUUCAAUUUCAAUUUUUUUGACGAGUGUAAGGAUGCUGAUGAUGACAACUCAAUUAUGGACGAAUAUGAGGUCGAAGAAAAAAUCCAGGACAAAGAAGACUUCAUCGUUCAUGCAGGAUUCAAACUUAAUAUUAAGGAUAGAAAUUCUAAAGAAAAAUUGACUCUGGAUUCAUACCCUCCUGUUAUGCCAAUAGAAUCAUGCUACAAUCAAUCGUUCAUUAUUUGUCGUACGGUUGAACCCUAUGAAUCGACUAAAGAACAUAACUUAAUAGAUAAGAGCUCUGAUCAAGUUCUCAAUGCAUUUAAAGAUUCUAAUUUAAGAGUCAGCCCUUCUAUUAGCUUUAAAACUUUAAUAAAUUUAGCACAGGUUUUGUCUGUAGGAAGCGAAUUGGUUAAAUCAUAUAAUCGCGAAAUAAACGCGACUCGUAAAGAUACAGAGGAAGAAAGGCAAAAAUAUGAGAAUAUUCUUGCAGUAGAUUCCAAUAUUCUUUCCUCUUUUCUUAGAUAUCGGCUAAAAAACAUGUAUAG